AAGCCCUUUAUUAUUUUAUUCAAGAAAAAAAAGGCAGCAAAAAAAAGCAAAAACUGCAAGUAUGUUGAGUCCGACUGACUCGAAUAUGAUGGUUGUGAGGGAACAAACACCGUCGGAAGCGCUUGCAAUAGUCCCGAUCCAGGUUUUUGUGCCGGCAUCCCAAACAACCCCUGAGACAGAUUUCGAACCAACCCCUAUGCUACAGAUUGAAGGGACUACAGAAAACACUCCUGAAUCCCCCAAGAAACUUCAAGAAACCACACCCACGCUUCCCCCAGCUCCAACUAAAAUUCAUCCAGCCGCAGAAGACGCUGCUGCCCUGUUGAUGAUGGCACGGACAGCAACCUAUGUUCCUAAAACAGAUUCAGGGAUGCCAUCAUUCAGCCUUGGACUGACUGAUUCAAGCCAGGAGGGGGCGUCAACGCAGGAGACAGAAAGGGAAAAAUCUCCAGAAACUGCAAGUAUGCUAGAACAAUUAGACACUUUGGUCCAAAAAUUAGCAAGCAAUGCGGCGAAGGGAACAAAUGAAAGUCCACAAAUUCAGAGGGAGACUGGGGGAGAAAGUUCUGCAAAGUUUGAAACUCCUGGGGGAAUAAAUCAAAUUCCGGAUGAUAUGAAACAAAAGUGCUACACCUGGGGGACGAGACUGAAGGAAGAUGCAAAAGGCGAUACUGACGAGUUUGAGGAGAUAUGCACUCUGAUUGGCCAAGGAGAAUACAUUUUGAUGAGAACGCACCUUGCAUCCCUCCAGACAAAAAGUGAUAUAGAAUCUCAGAUUGUAUCUGCCAUCUGCCUCAUCCUAAACCAGAAAAAUGAAAAGAGGUUUCAGGAAUAAAUAUACUGUCUCCCCCCCGAUAUUGUGAGCAUGGCACUUUCGGAUCACCCAAGGGGGGAAUUCAUAUCCCCGAAAACGGAAAAGGAAUUCAGGGUGGAAGCCUACCCGAGUUUCAUUCACUUCAUAGAUAGAAAAAAAUUAAG